UCUCAUGGGUCGCGUGGUGAUGACGUCGUGCUCCAUGCGACGAAGAGCUGUCUUUUCUUUCCCACGCUUGCAGUCUGCGUGUAUUUUUAAAAACCUCCUUUCCUGCUCUGUUUUACCUUAAACCAUGGAGAAAAAAGGCACAAACCCUGUCGGGAAGAAGCGUAAACCCGUAAAGAUGAAGGACGGCACCGACCCCGUCAAAAACUUCGAGAAAUGGAAGAAAAAAUACAACAAGACGAAAGCACAGGUGAAGAGAGAGCGACCGCAGAAGAAGCCCGAGUGGCAGGUCGAACGGGAGUACAUCGACAGACUCGUCAGCAGGUAUGGUGACAUCAACUCCAGCGAGGCCGUCAAGUUCUCAGACUUCCCCAUUUCAAAGAAAACCUUGUUAGGUUUGCAGGGGGCUCAGUACAGACAGCCCACGGAGAUCCAGAGACAGACUAUCGGCUUCGCUUUGCUCGGUAAAGAUGUCCUCGGCGCGGCUAAGACUGGCUCCGGGAAGACGUUAGCCUUCCUCAUCCCGGUGCUGGAGUGCCUGUAUCGCCAGCAGUGGACCUCCAUGGACGGCCUUGGCGCUCUCAUCAUAUCCCCCACCAGAGAGCUCGCCUACCAGACCUUCGAAGUCCUCCGCAAGGUGGGCAAGAACCACGAGUUCUCCGCGGGGCUCAUCAUCGGCGGGAAGGACCUCAAGAGCGAGUCGGAGAAGAUCCACCGCACCAACAUCGUCAUCUGCACGCCGGGCCGGCUGCUCCAGCACAUGGACGAGACGGCCGCCUUCCACGCCUCCGACCUCCACAUGCUGGUCCUGGACGAGGCGGACCGCAUCCUGGACAUGGGCUUCGCCGACACGCUCAACGCCAUUGUGGAGAACCUGCCCAAGUCGCGGCAGACGCUGCUGUUCUCCGCCACGCAGACCAAGUCGGUCAAAGACCUGGCCCGGCUCAGCCUCAAAGACCCGGAGUACGUGUGGGUUCACGAGAAGGCCAAGUUCAGCACGCCGGCCACCCUGGAGCAGAGCUACGUGGUGUGUGAGCUCCACCAGAAGGUCAACAUGCUGUACUCGUUCAUCAGGAGCCACCUGAAGAAGAAGAUCAUAGUCUUCUUCGCUUGCUGCAAGGAGGUGCAGUACCUGUUCCGGGUUAUGUGCCGCCUCCGACCGGGCAUGCCCAUCCUGGCUCUGCAUGGCAAGCAGCAGCAGAUGAAGAGAGUGGAGGUCUACAAUGACUUCCUCAGAAAGCAGAACGCUGUGCUCUUUGCCACCGACAUAGCCGCCAGAGGCCUGGACUUCCCCGCCGUCAACUGGGUGCUGCAGUUUGACUGUCCGGAGGACGCGGACACCUACAUCCACAGGGUGGGCCGGACGGCCCGGUACAAGGAGGGGGGAGAGGCCUUACUGCUGCUGCUUCCCUCGGAGGAGAAGGGCAUGGUCGGCCAGCUGCAAGAGAAGAAAGUUCCAAUCACGAAGAUCCAGGUGAACCCAGACAAACUGCAGAGCGUUCAGCAGAAGCUGCAGGCCUUCCUGGCCCAGGAGAAGGAGCAGAAGGAGAGAGCCCAGCGCUGUUUUGUCUCCUACCUGCGCUCCGUCUACCUGAUGAAGAACAAAGAGGUGUUUGACGUCUUCAAACUCCAGAUUCAGGAGUACGCGGCCUCCCUGGGCCUCGCCGUGGCACCAAGGGUGCGCUUCCUCAGCAAAGCCCAGGCACAGAGGGCUGAGAAAGAUGGCCAGAGAGAGGAGGAGGAGCAGCAGUCUGAAGAAGAGGAAGAGCUGAGGAGCUUUAAGGCCCGGCUGAAAGGAAACGUUCCCCCCGAGGAAAGUCCGAGCUCCGAGUCGGAAGAUUCGGGCAGCGAUGAGGAAAGCGGUGACGAAGCGGAGGUGGAUCGAGCCAGGAGCCGUCUCCUGGGUGCAGAUGAGGACGACGAGGAUGAGGACGAUCUGAGAGACUUGGACCUGCUGACGGUCAAAAGAAAGGACGUCUUCAGUCUGACGGCGGGCGAGGAGAGUGCCGAAGAACCCGCCGAGGACUCCAGAAAGAAAUCGGAGAAGGAGACAAAGUUCACGGAGGCCAAAAAGGCCCUCAAGAGGAACUUCCAGGUCAACACCAAAGUGGCUUUCAGCGAAGAAGGCGAGGCCGUGCAGCUGUGGCCUCCGGUCCAGCGGGCAGCGGCGGCUCACGACGAGGAGGAAGAAGAGGAGGGGGUUUCGGGCAUCAACAUGGAGAAGGCCCGGGAGAGGCUGCAGCGCGAGGACCAGGAGUUUGACAAGCACGAGUACAGCCGCAAGGUGAAAGCCAAGCACCGGGAGAAGAGGCUGAAGGCGAAGGCGGCCAGGAGGGAGGCCAGCAAGCAACAUGGCCGCAAGUCCGACUCGGAGGAGGAGGAGGAGGAGGACGAGGUGGUGGCGUACCUGGCCAAUCACAGCGAAGAUGAGUUCGACCCCAGCAGCCUGCCGGACCCUGACAAAGUGCACUCUGAGGAGGAGGAGGAGGAGGCGGAGAUAACGGCAGCCAAACGGCAGCACAGCAGCAGCAGCGACAGCAGCGACGAGGAUGAGAAGCAGCUCCCGGUGGGGAAGAGGAAGAGAGUGAGGCAACAGAACGAUGCGCCCGCAGCCCUGGACACCGGUCUCUCCCUGGCCGAAGACGAGGAGCUGGUCUUACAUCUGCUAGGGGGGCGCAGUUAGAGAAAACGGAGAGCAGUGCGAGGAUUUGGGGAGAUGUUUCUGAGGCUGAAAUGUGUUGUUAAAGUGACAAAGUUAAAGGGUUUUAGUGUUGCACAUCCAUAACAUUGGAGAACUCAUUUUCUUUCUUUUUUUAUUUUUGGGCAUUUCUGCCUUUAUUGGAUUGGAAAGCUGAGACCUGAAAGGGGGAAGAGAGAGAGAGGGGGGGGAGACGAGGAAAACCGUCACAAGUCGGACUCGAACCCUGGACCUUCUGCGUCGAGGAACGCUCUACCAACUGAGCUAACAGGCCACACAUUGGGAGGACUCAUAAAUAAGAGAUUUAAAUAAGACUGGUUGGCUGAAAGUGAAGCAUCAGCGGCUAAGAGAUCCUGACUUUUAGACCGCAUGGGUCAAGAUCCUACAACUCCCAUAAUGCAACCCAUACCAUCUUUUCAUUAAAAAAAAAACCCCAAACACGUGACUUCAAAUCUCGUGUUGGUAACAUUGAAUAUGCCUGACUAAAUGAGCAACUAUCAAAGUUGUAUACACUUUAACAUCUUUAAGUAUUCUUGACAGUUUUCACUCAGAAAAUCUGCUUCAUCAGGGCCGCGGCUGGCUGUUUAAUCCUUUUUUUUAU